AUGCCGACCACAAGCGGUGGCCCCGGCGAGAGAACCCGCAAGCUCUUUGUCGUCGGCGCCAGCGGCGGCGGCGGUUCGGCGAUUCCGGUGUCCGACAGCGGAGGGGUGGACCUGGGGGCCGUGGGGCGCGCCGUGGGGCUGGACCCGUCGGCCGUGACGCUCAACGGCUACUUCAUCAGCCGCGGACCGGACUUCGUCUCGUCCUUCACCUGGGGGUCCCUCGUCUCCUUCUUCACCUCCCGCGGGUUCCCGACCGGCGCUUCGCAGCUCGACCCCGUCGUCGUCCAAGGGAAGCCCACCCUCGCCUCAGGAUUGCAAUUCUCUCCUUUUCCGGAGGAGGGAGAUCACCUUGCUUUUAAGUGGAAAGCUACAUCAGAAGAUGAACAUCCAAUUAACAAGAAGAACAGGGUUGAUGGAUAUCUUAAUGGUGGUGACAGCCUUUGUAUCAAGAGAAGGCUGAAACUGGAAGACGAUUGCUCAACGAAGAAGAGAAAAAUCUGA